AUGUGUCUGUAUCUCUUGAGUCCUUCUGGACAGCGCUCCAAACGCAGCGUAACCAGAGGAGAGCGGGAGAUCUUCUUCGCGCAGCAUACUACAUCUUAUACUAAGAAACAACCGCGAGCCCAAAAUUCUGACUCUAGUUCUAUUUCUAAUUCGCAACCUGAUGGCAGUAGAACCGACAGAGACUCAAGUACUAGGAACAGCGACGGCCAGAUAAAGUCUUGCGGCGUGCGGGAACAGUCAAUGUCCUGGAGCACGAGAAAGAAGCCGGAUAAACGGGGCGCAAUUGUAGUACGCCGUAGGCACUCUAAGGACACUGCAGCACAAGCCCGGGACGGGACUGAUUUAUUAGAUCAUACUCAGUUAGGCAGUCUGAACGCAGUGCAGUAUCAAAGGGCGCACUUGAGAAGGAACCUUGGUGUCGACUUCAGUGGUGGACAGUUCGUAGGGAUCGAGCCGGAAGCCAAUGAGAAGAGCGAAGGGGACGGCGAUGAGGACAGCGAUGAGGGAGGCAUAGAGGGCGAAGAGGGGGGCGAAAAGGAGGGCAAAGAGGAAGAAGGCAAAAAGGAGGGCAAACAGGAUGGCGAAGGGGAUGGUGAGGGGGAGAGCGAAGAUGCAGGCAAACAGGAGGGCGUUUCAGAGGGCACCAGCGGUAUCGAUGGCCGCCGCGAAGCAUAG